AUGACCGUCAAUCGAGACCGUGGCGCUCUUGUCGUCGUCGAUAUGGGGCAUGGUUUGACCCCAUAUCGACGACAGUGGCAUGUGCGGACCCAUAUCUGGCACAUUUUACGGUGGAAUAUUGCAGCGGUGGCUACCACAUUUCUUUACAAAAUAGUGUCAUUUAUACCGAUGGCCAUCCAACAACUACUGCCCCUUGCCGUUGUCUUGAUCAUGGCCUUUAUAAGUUCAAAUGCUUUACCAGAGCCGAAUCUUGGGACACCAGUGGAAACACAAGAAGGCUUUCCUGGUCACGUAGCUCUGAGGCCAGACUACGCUGUAUGGAAUAUUGUGAAGAUGUUACGGAAUUUUAUGGAUUCUAAUGCAGAUCGACCAGUUCGCAGAGAUAGUGAGUAG